GACAAAAAUAACUUAUUUCCAAUUUAAUUAUUUCAAAGUGCCCGGAAUGUUCCAAAAGGCAUUAUAAUUUAUAAAGUAUUUAUACAUGUUUAUAAUAAAUGCAAUAAUAAAUAAAAUUGGUGAACACGAAGCUCAUCUGCAUUUGAACCAAUAUGAAAGUUAAGCAAUUGGAAGGCGAUUUUAAAGAAAAAGAUCAAGAACCAAGUUCUCAAAAGCAAAUUUCUGAACAGAAAAGUAGUAAUAUAGACCAGAUAAAGAAAAACAAAAGAGGCCGACCAAGGAAAUCGGCAAUCCAUAAAUCCAAAAAUGAAGUUGUAAAAAAGAAAAUACUGAAACAACGCGCUACUAGAAAAUCUUUAAAAAAUACAAUACAGAUUGAUGCGGCACAAAACGAAAAUCUUGAAACCAACCAGCAAAUGCCGCAAAACUAUAAUUCAAAUUGUGACAAUUCAAAAUGCAUUUGCAACAGUUCUACAGUAGACAAUUAAUUUGAAUGAUUAUAUUAUACUUAUUUUUCUAUUGUAUUUUCGACAUUUUAUAAUAUGUACAAUAAAAGUUAUUUCUGUAA